AUGUAUAUAUGUAUGAGUGUAUUAAUUCCCUUUAUUUUUUCUCUUCCCUUUCGUUCAUUAGACAAUCAGGAAAAGGCUGGGAGGAAGGUGAAGGGCCGGUCACGCGAAUAG